AUGACCCGGGUCUAUGAUACGGAUGCGACAUGUUUCUCAUGUCAGGAACCUGGCCAGUUUGGAUGGUUAUAUCAGUGUACCCAGGAUCUUGACCAGAUAAUCGAGGAGAAGAUGCCAUGCACCGAUUUCUUGGACUAUGACUUUCGAAAGAGUAUGGGUGCAAGAAAAGGAAGCGCAGAAGCUCGGCGGGACAAACUGAGCUUUCUCAGCGAACUCACUCCUGAGCAGAUGGCCUGUUACCGACCAGAUCAGAUUGCGACCAUCCUGAGACAACGCGAACAGUUGAAGAAUGUCAUCGCGCGGGAAGAGUUUAAGAGAAGCGCCCUGAUUGGUAAUCCGGCUCCUGGGUUUGGAGCUCAUAUGAAUGACGACGCAUAUACUGAACAGUGGAAACGUGACGAUAAGAAGAAUUGCCAGUACAGAGUUUGCCCAAGAUGUCGUCCUGUAUGCGUCGACCGGGCAUUUUUGAGCCUCGAUGCAGUUGCUAAUGGAGAGAUCCCCCCAACAGCCGCAGCUGGUUCCGGAUUCGAAGCAUUGGGAGGGAGACCAGUCAUCAAGAAAGAUGUCAUUGAGUGCAUCAAUGAGCAUCGUCCAAAAGCAAACAAUCGCCAAAUGAUGGAAAUGCUCGAAGAACAAAUCGCGCGUAUGCUUGGCCGCCAUCACAAGAAUCAGGAUCUUCGAAAUGUGCUUAAAAGGACAGUCUUUGCACCACAGCGACAAGUCCGAAAGUUGCCCAUCGUGAAGCAAAUUCCGACCACUGGGCAAAGUCUGCAUGAGAAGGAACAAGCCUCAGUCGACGUUGCUCAACAUGACGAUCAAGAAGUCGUAGCUUCGAACCCUCCCGACUUUUUAGAAAGCCCUUGGCCAUGGUUGGCUGCAUUUGAUAACGGGAACAUGGCCAGAGCUCCCGAAGAUCAAGUUCAGGAACAAUCAUCACGACAAGGUCUACGGGCAACGCGUAUCCCUCGUCCGACUACCCCUGGUUCACGAUCUACCAGACGUCGAUUGGCCGAUCAGCUUUUGUUCAGUGCUUCCUACUUUCCACCGCCCGAAGGAUAUCCCUGGCGACUUCUCUUGAGUCGAGGGAACACCGAGGCGGGAGCCCCCUCUCCUCGUAGCCGCUCACAGACCACCGACUCGCAGGGGAGCGAUAAUGAAAACUCAUUGGUAGAAUGUUCAUCCAUACCGCUGGCGGUAGACAACGGAGUGGCCAUGACUGAGGAGAGCAUCGAGACCGGAGUCCCUGACGUGGUGACUCAAGUAUAA